AUGAGCGGAGAAGCUGUUAAAGUAGCCGUUCGUGUUCGUCCUUUCAACUCUCGGUCUCAUGAUGGAUUCAUCGAAGACGAUAAUGGUGUCCUUGUCGGUACGGGCCCCAAGUAUGCAUCACAACGUGCUGUAUUUGACGAUCUUGGACAAGGUGUUUUAAAUAACGCAUUCGAAGGUUAUAACUGUUCACUUUUCGCCUAUGGUCAGACCGGGUCUGGUAAAUCUUAUUCUAUGGUCGGUUACGGUCCAAAUAAGGGAAUCGUACCUAUCACUUGUGACGAAUUAUUUAAAGCAAUCGAAGCAGAUAAAGGAGAUACGAAAUAUGAAGUUACGUUCAGUAUGUUGGAAAUUUACAAUGAACAAGUUCGCGAUUUAUUAAUCCGAAACAAUCCUAAGGGUGGAUUAAAG